AUGGCAAGCGAUAAAGUUGAAUCUAACUCAAAAGAACUUCAUGACUAUCCUAGAAAACCUGAAAUCAAAUAUAAAGAUUCAUCUGCUAGUACUUACCAUUAUACAAUUAUUUCUGAAAGAUACUAUCUGUCACUACCUAUUCUUGUUAGAACUCAGAAAAAAAAUAAUAAUAGUUAUAAAAUUCCUGACAAUUACAAAGUUUUAACAUAUAAUUCUAAAGGAACAUCAACUCUAUCGGGAACAAUAGUAUUUGGGUUGCAACUCAAAUGUGUAGAACAAGCUAGAGAUACUUAUCGUCAUAAUAGUAUUUUUCGACCUAUUGAAUCUCUUAGUAAUUCUGGAAAAAGAUCUAAAGUUAAACAAAUUGGUGAAAAAGUGCGUGAUUAUAUUGAUUACAAAACAACAUAUUUACAUUAUAAGGAUCAAAUACAAAUAAAAUCACUUGCUCUGUCAGUUGAUAAUCAAGAUUGGAUACUUGAUUAUUCUAAAGACAAAUCAUUAGAAAAAUAA